GAGGAGGGAGUGGAGGAAGGUGGUGGUUGGGGAGGGGGGUCAAGUAAGACAAGUACUACAGUGAGACGCGCGAGCACUCUCAUAGACUCAGACCACAGCUCCAGUCUCCACGGGACUCUGAUAUUAUAGGGCUCCUACUUACUGACAGCAACUUCCAACAAAACAUCCCCUCGGUAUAUAAAAUAAAACCUGAGAGAGACCAGAGGGUCCGAUUUGCGAGGAGACGCUUCUGGAAAAUGGAGAGUUUUAUACAAGUCUGACAUUUUCAGCGUUCAGGAGGAGGAGAAGAGAGCGAGCGAGGACCAACGCUGACAGGGAUACUACGGAUCACACGUUGCCAUGGAAACCGCAGGCUGGGAGCGGUCGCGAGGACCAUCCAGGGUGGCCUUCUCUCCUUGACUCGAGACCGUAUCAUCCUAGUACCUAGCCAGCUGAGAGAAAGAGAAUGUUUUGGAGAAUCGCCUUCCCCGUCCUGUUGGCGGGCGUGCUCUGCAUCACCGCGGAGAUCCGGAAGCUCCGCCCCCAGGGCUCCUUCCCGUCCCCGUACAAGACCAAGGGGAACCUGUCGUCCGAGCGACACCACGCGCGCCUGCCCCCGCGGAAGCCCGACGUGCUGUCCUCCAGCCGCGAGGCCCUGGUGGUGACGGAGCGCCGCUACCUGCGCAGCGACUGGUGCAAGACGCAGCCCCUCCGGCAGACGGUCAGCGAGGAGGGCUGCCGCAGCCGCACCGUGGUCAACCGCUUCUGCUACGGCCAGUGCAACUCCUUCUACAUCCCCCGCCACAUGGGCCCCACUAGCACGGGCCAGGGCAAAACUCGAGGCCCAGGCUCCGGCUCCAGGAGAGGAGGCCACAACAAGGCCCAGCAGGAGCCCUUCCAGUCCUGCUCCUUCUGCAGGCCGCACCGCGUCACGCAGCUCACCGUGCAGCUGGACUGUCCCGGCUCGGACCCGCCCUUUAGACACCGCAAGGUGCAGAGGGUCAAGCAGUGCCGGUGCAUGUCUGUGGACGUGAGCAGCCCAGGGAAAUUAUGAAAAUCAGCGGUGCCCCCCGAAUGAAAACUAACGACACUUUCAAGGGGUUCGAGUGAUCGUCUCACUUGACAUAAUCCUGGUCGUUGGGACGAUCCUGUUUGUGCAUCACUAGCUGGACUCAAUAGUAAGCAAAGCUUCAAGGAAAAAUGAAGUCGCUAUAUCAAUUCAGUUCCGUUCAAUAAAGAACAAUAAGACUUUAAUUUUGACAGGUCCCUGCAGAUCUAUGCGGACUGUUGCUGUUCUGAUGGAGUUCAAAGACUGAUGAAGCAGACAGUCCUGAACAUUCACGGUGUUGCGUCCUUACUCCCAUUGCUAUUGAGUUCCGUUCACUUGAAUGUGUUUCAUCUCAUGUGAACAGAUACAGAUUCAAGCUGGCACCAAACUUGUAGUUUAAGUGAACUUAUUUAUAAAGCCCUUCACCAAAGUUACCCUCCGAAAGAGUUUUCGAUUUUCAAAUGAAAAUUGUAGGACAUCCCCUAACCGCAUCUCCUGCAAAUGGAAAAUAUCCUAAUUUCUGGGUGCCUUUGGAGAAGUUGAACUGCUUAGAACAGAAUAGUCUGGUCAAUAGUGCAGCAAUGACACAAUGCCAAUAGGACACUUACUACUCAUCCUGUGUUCAGAUCUUUGUGUGAUAAGCUUAGCCAAGCUACAAGCUAUUCCGUUUAAAAUGCAAGAAAAUCGAAAUUGAAUUGCAGUGUCCCCAAAGGGGUGCUAUUAACUUUAUAGGAAAGGCCUUAACCAAAAGUAAAGAAAAACACAGCCAGAGCCAAUCACAUUUUUCUGUAUACUUUUUGCUACAAAUAUUAUAGCCAGUAAAAUAGAUAGUGUAUUAUGUAAGCUGGGAUGAAAUGUAAUAUGUGUAUACAUAUAUAUAUAUAUGUCAAAAGUUUAUUAAAUAUAUUUCAAUUAAGAUUUUUUGAGUGGAUAUACUUUUUGAUCAAAGGUUUGUUUGUAUAACACUAAUAAAAACAAUACAUAUCAUAA